CUCUCUCUCUCUGUCUGUCUCUCCGCUCGGAGCUCGUGCAGUCAUGUUGGCCGAGCUGUGCGCGCUCCUGUGCGCGCUCCUGUGCGUGUCCGCGGGUUUGGAUCCGGUGCGUCCGGAGUCCGCGGUGCUGAAGCCGCGCGUGAUGAUCGCAGUGCUCGCGCGGAACUCCGCUCACAGUCUGCCGCACGUGCUGGGCUGCAUCGACCGCCUGGAGUACCCCAAAGAGCGCGUGGCCAUAUGGGCGGCAACAGAUCACAACGUGGACAACACCACGGCCAUGCUGAAAGAGUGGAUGAAAUCAGCUCAGAGGCGAUAUCACUUUGUGGAGUGGAGACCAAUGGAGGAGCCACGCUCUUACACAGACGAGUUGGGGCCCAAGCACUGGUCGCUGUCCCGAUUCAAACACCUGCUGAAGCUCAGACAGGCCGCUCUGGAGGCGGCUCGCCGCCGAUGGGCCGAUUACAUCCUGUUUGUGGACAGUGAUAACCUCCUGACUAACCCGCGGGUGUUGGACCUUCUGAUCGCGGAGAACCGGACUCUCGUGGCGCCCAUGUUGGAAUCACGGUCACUCUACUCUAACUUCUGGUGUGGCAUCACGCCUCAGGGCUACUAUAAGCGCACCCCAGACUAUCAGCCCAUCCGUGAGUGGAGGCGUCUGGGUUGCUUCCCAGUUCCCAUGAUUCACUCCACCUUCCUGCUGGAUUUGAGACGCAGCUCGUCUCGCACGCUGGCGUUCUACCCUCCGCAUCCCGACUACAGCUGGGCCUUCGACGACAUCAUGGUGUUCGCUUUUUCUGCUCGCGAAGCAGGUGUACAGAUGUUUGUGUGUAACAGGGAGCACUAUGGUUUCCUACCCAUUCCUUUAAGAGCCGAUCAGAGUCUGGAGGAUGAAGAGGAAAGCUUCACACACACCGUCACCGAGGCCCUCAUUGAUCACCAAAUCGAGCCGUCAGAGUUUGUGUUCGUUCCUCCGAAACCUCAGGAUCAGAUGGGGUUUGAUGAGAUCUUUCUGAUUAAUCUGAAGCGGAGAAGGGAUCGGAGGGAGCGGAUGUUGAGCUCUCUUGCCGCUCUGGGUGUGGAGGUCACGAUCGCUGAGGCUGUGGAUGGCAAGGCUCUGAACUCAUCUCAGCUGCAGGCGCUGGGGAUUGAGAUGAUGCCGGAUUAUAAAGACCCAUAUUCAGGCAGGGUGCUGACCAGAGGAGAGAUUGGGUGCUUCCUCAGCCACCAUUCUAUAUGGAUACAGAUGGUGGAGAAGGGUCUGCAGCGUGUGUUAGUUCUGGAGGAUGAUGUGAGAUUUGAGCCCAGGUUCAAGAGGAGGAUACAAACCAUCAUGGAGGAUGUGGAGAAGGUUCAGCUGGAUUGGGACCUCAUCUAUCUGGGGCGUAAGCGCAUGCAGGUGGCGCAGCCCGAGCUCUCUGUGGAUGGCGUUAAUAACCUGGUGGAGGCUGAUUACUCGUACUGGACGCUGGCGUACGCUCUCUCUCUGAACGGAGCCAACAAACUGCUGUCAGCUCAGCCCUUCAGCCGCAUGCUGCCUGUGGACGAGUUCCUGCCCAUCAUGUUCAACAAACACCCCAACACGGCCUACAUGUCCCACUUCGAGACGAGAGAUUUACGAGCGUUCUCGGUCGAGCCGUUGCUGGUUUACCCGACGCACUACACAGGCGAGCCGGGUUACUUCAGCGACACCGAGACUUCCACCAUCUGGGACGAUGAAGCUGUCAGUACCGACUGGGACCGAUCCCAUGCUCAGAAAACCGCCCAGCAGGGCCGCAUUCGUCCCGUCGCCCAGAACAGCGUGACUGGGGAAACGCCGCCCCCUGCUGCCCGUGCAUCACGAGAUGAACUGUGAGGGGACUCCAUGUCUGUAAGGGUUUUCAGGUCACUGAAUUGUGUACAAUAAUAAGUCAAGAACUAGACACUACAGUGAUUUAAAGAUGUUUUUACGACUCUAUUAAGGUUCUUCAUCAGCUCAGUAGACAGUUAUAAAAUUGCUAGCAUACACUUAUAUCUCACAUCAUGAGAGGUUUAAGGGAAAGGAACCAAGAUUCAGCAUGGACAGACUUUUCUUUACCUUUGGACAGGAUUCCUAGUUUCAGUAGAUAGUUAACAGUAAUAAUUUCAGUAUGCUACUUCUUGUUCAUCGCUCGAUCAAAGAAGAAGUAGGAUAAGAAGCAGAAGCUCGUAGAUGUGAGAAGUGUUUUAGACUCCAGUUCUGAAAGCCAAGCUUGCAGAUUUGGUGCGGAAACUUCAGGACUGGAGCAGGACCAUGCUGGCUUCAUGAAUAGAUCAGGGACAGGUAGACUUUAAAGGCUGUAGACAAUAAAUCUGAAGCAGAAAUCAUUAGACCUUAAUGAUUGGAGGCAUCAUGAUCACAGCAGACAUUUUAGGUUUAGAGUUAAGUAGUUAGGCCUUAGGUUUAAUGCAUAAACUUGUCAGCCUUAAGCAUGGAGUAGAUGUUAGCAGGCUUUAGGACUAAAGCAGUAGUUGGUAGACUGGUAGAAACUACAGUGUAGACCCAGGACAGGAGAAGAACUUACGGAUUUCAGGACUAGAGAAGAAACCUGAAUGGCUU